AUGAACCAAAACGUUACAGAUGCUUCUGAAUUCUCUAAAACCUCUUUGCCACAACUGGGACAGUUGGACACUCUUUUGAGAUGCCAUAUUUGCAAGGAUUUUUUGAAGAUACCAGUAUUGACACCUUGCGGGCACACAUUUUGCUCCCUUUGUAUUCGUGAAUACCUCACGAAGGAACCGAAAUGCCCCUUAUGUCUGAAUGAACUUAGGGAAUCAAGCUUACGAAGUGAGUUUUUGGUAAAUGAAAUUGUAGAAAGUUACAAGUCAUCCAGAAAACAGCUCUUAGAAUCGCUGAAGGAAGCCACACUUACCGUUGACGCACCUCCAAUAGAUAUCACUUCUGAAAGCGAUGGGGAUGAUGAUAUCCAAAUAGUGGCAACAAAUAAGAAACGAAUACAGUUUCGGCAGGAUAUCGUUGAGCCCAAUAAAGUGAACAAACGAGUACCAAAAAACACUUCAACUUUCAAUAAUGUAAAGAAGUGUUCCAAAACGACUGAGAAUUUGGCACAGUGUCCCAUUUGCCAAGAAUUAUUUCCCCUAAAAGUUUUAGAAAGAACACACCUGGAUGAGUGUUUGACCCUACAAUCUUUGGGUAAAGCUCCCAAAAAAUCUGCUUCUCUUAAAGAUGCCUCAUCUUCAAAGAUAUCUGACAUACUAUCUAAAAAGCAGAAAACUACAUCACCUUAUGAAAAAGAAAAUUUUCAUGUUAAUAGAUAUAUGUUUUCAGCCAAUAGUGGUGAUCGUCAAAGACUUCCAAAGACAAACUUUACCUCGAUGAGUCUCAAUCAAAUCAAGCAUAAAUUAUCGUCAUUAGGCCUGCCGACUAACGGGUCUCGACAAAAUAUGAUGGUUCGAUAUAACCAUUAUGAGAUGCUUUGGAACAGUAACUUUUGUGAUGCUAUUGCGCCUGUUAGUGAGAGUGAAUUAAAAAGACAACUUGCGAGUUGGGAGGCAUCACAAAAGACUUCAAAUUUACCCUCAUCUAAUGGAAACACCAUCGCAUCUCUUAUGAAACGUUCGAACAAUGGUUCCUCAUAUCAGAGACUCUUGAUGGAUUUCAAAACCGACAAAUUUGAACGAAAACUAUGGAUUGACAUGUUUGGGAGGGAAUUCAAAAGCUUGAUCAAGGAAGCCAAACGAGGCAUGCUCAGUACAGCAAAGCAUGAAGAAAAAUCUAGUCAAGGAAAGGCACAAGAGACAGUGUAA